AUGUCGUAUGCGCUGCGGCACCGGCAGCCCCAAACACUCUCCCCGCCUGCACCCCACUCAGCCUUCAGCGAACAACAACAGCAGCAGCAGCAACGCAGCGGUGUGCCCGACACGACGCGGUCGGCGUCGAGUGGGCCCGCGACCAGCGGCUGCAGCACCUCCCUGGACGCUCUACCGCCCCUCCCGCUGCGCGGUGCCGCUCGGCAGAACUCCACUGCUGACAGUUCCGCACCGCUGCGGCGCUCCCGCAGCAAUCGGAGUAACAACAACAGCAGCAGCUGCAGCAACUGCAGGGGGAUGGCCGGUGUGCAGGACCGACCACCCCCAAGCAGCGUUGAGCGGCGCAAGGCGGGAUCGAAGGGAAGGUGUUUGGAUUCUCCUGCUUCUGCUGCUGCUGUUGAUGGUGGUGGUGGUGGUGCUGCGGUGCACAAACGAGGUUCAACCGCGACGGUGAAACUGGCAGUGGCAAAAGCAGCUGUUACAGGCGUCUCGCGUGGGGGUGCGCCCAGUUCUUCGACGCACAUCGCCGAUGCCUCGCACGACCAGCUCACAGGGAAGCUGAAGAGCAUCAUGCACGCGCGGAAGGAGAUUGAGGCUCCUGUGCGCCGACAGAAGGAGGAUGCGCGGGAGCUCGUCACGUUGAUGCAACGAAUCCUCGCACGCAGGCCGAGUGUCGAUGCCAGCAGCAAGGCCGAACUCCAGAGGGCGGUGCGGGACCGCAACCAGGCGCUGCAGCUGCUCAGUAUGGUGCAGGUGGAGGGCAACGCUGUUGUGCACCGCAUGCACGAGAACAUGGUGCAGCAGCAGCGGCAGAUUGAGGCGCUCGUGCAGGAAAAUGCGAAGCUUCGGGCCACUCUGGCCCAUGGCGAUGGCAAUAACAACGACAGCAGUAGAAGUGAAGGGGAAAAGACAAGGAAUGACGCAGCAGCAGCAGCUACAGUGGAAGCGUCCCCUAUUGUGGUGAAUGUGCAGCCGAUGGACGACGACGCAGCAGCGGUCAACAGUCACCUGCUCGCGACGAUAAGCGCACUGCAUGAGGCCCUGCGUUGUGAGAAGCAGCAGCGCCUCCAGGCGGAGGAGCUGUCGCAUAAGCUUUCCCUGCAACACCAACGCAGUGUUGCCCUGCUGGAGGAGCGGCUGCAGCGCGGCUACAACAGCAGCAACAACACCGCGAGGUCGAGCUCUCCUACUGCGGCGCAGCCGGAAGCCAUUGACUCGAGCGGCUCUCCUCCUCCCUCUUAUUCGCUGCCACCGACUGCAACUUCCAUCAAUGUGGCAAAUAGUGCUGGGGACGCGGGGCAGAUGUCAUUGUCGUCAGUGCAGUGCGACGAUGCGGGGCCGGCGCUGCAAGGCGAUGAAGUCGGCGUGCAUGUGGCGUCUAUCACGCCCCCCCCCCCCCNCCCCCCCCCCCCUCCGAAGCCACUGCAUAAAUGA